AUGGCUUCGCUGCGUCAUUCUUUUGGCAUCCUUCUUUCAACCCUCAUAUUAGCUCAUCUGGUGAAUGCACUCGAGCUGGUUGCGAUUCGCCCUAGGGGUGACCUCGGCCCUAAGUCUCGUCUUAGGCCACGAGAUACUUCGUUGUUGGAUCUGAGAAGCACCGAGACGUUUCUAUGGGGUGCUGACAACAGCAGUGCGCCGUUGGCAAACUUCACCAUAUACGCUCCAGAAAACAACAGAAAUGUUCUUUCCAUGGAAAAGUUCGACGGAAUGCUUCUCUCCUGCAACGCGACCCAGACAGGUUUGGAAUUGCAGUUCGAAGAUGACCAGACCUUUGCAUAUGCGCAAAGGGUUUGGGACUGGGUCAACGGAGCUGACAAUCAUACGUUUCUGAUGGUCGUUGGAGCCGGAGACUGCAGCAACAAUCCAUACAGAGUGCCGUAUUCGGUUUCCGAUAUUGUCUAUGAUGAAGACCUCAACAUUGCUCAUUUGAAUGCUACAACUGGGUCAUGGAGAGACUUGGCCCCGUCCUUCCAGCUGCAGGUUGGUAAUGUUGCCACACCACAAACACCACAGAGCCGAAGACUGCGGGAGCGGGACAUCACAAAAGAAGUUUCUUUUCCCCUGGCGAACGAGCUUCCUUUUGUUGCAAAGGUUGAACAAGGCCCAAUCAUUGGUGAGUUGGAGUGUGAGAAUUGCAGAACAACCGGGAAGAUUGACUUCGAGCUUCGUGUAACACAAAAUGCCGUUGGGCUGCCUGAUGGUGUUGAGCUCAAAAUGAGCCCUACAGGUGUAUCGGCUGUUGCCAAUCUCAAACUCAAGCUCGGAAGUAAUUUCAAGUCUAAGAAGGAGGUGUUCAAAGAGACUGUUUUGUCGUUCCCACUAAACAGCAUAACAAUCCCCCCUGAUAUUCUCAACGUUGGGCCCUUCUUGGAUAUUGAUGCCGGUGUCGAAGUCACGGGGGUUGAAGGGUCGAUUACCGUCACUGGAGGCGUUACAUCCAAGAUUUCUGACUCUGCAAUACUCCGAGCCAAUCUCUUUGAUCCUUUGGACAACGAGUUCUCAGGUUGGUUGCCAGACAUCGACUUCUUGCCACCAGAAAUUGAGGCACAGGUGUCUGCAACGUUACAGAUGUUCUUCAUGCCUGCCGUGCGGCUCAAGGCCGAAGCAUUGGGCCAGGGUGUUGAGGCUGGACUUGAGCUUAAGUUGCCAUUCAUCGACCUCAAGCUGGAAGCCACAGCCAAUUCGAAAGGCGGAGUCUGUGAUGAUCCUGCGAAAACAAUUGGAGUUGAGAUCGAGCCUUCCAUCGGAGCGGAAUUCAAAUUCGAGGCAGGCACCACCGACGGUGAGAAGACUCCCAUUGAAGUCACCAUCGCAACAACUUCCUUCCCACUUGGAGGUAUCUGCUUUGGCACAAAUCCAGAUGGUAAUGACGCACCGCCACCACCAGCAUCCAGCAGCAAGUCUAGUCCCGCUGCACCGAAGUCAUCUUCAAAAGCCUCGACUGCAACAUCCGCUCCUGCGACCAAGUGUACCGCAAACAAUGGCAUUUUUGGCAGCACCUCCUCCAACCAGCAAUACUUGUGUCCUCAAAGAUAG